UGCGCUUUCACAGGAAAUACCCCCUUUGAGGCUCCUCAUUCAACAAGGCUGGCAACCAGACCUUUGAGGACCAACUCACAACAAUGCUGGGUUCCAUGACCAGCAAGGAGCUGGAUCUUUCCAAGCUCACAGAUGAUGAGGCCAGUCACGUGUGGCGUGUUGUUCAGCGAGAUUUUCACUUGAGGAAGCAAGAGGAAGAUAGGCUUGGAGAGCUCAAGACCAAGAUUGAGCGAGAAGACUGUAAGAGAGAGAUGCUGGGUCAUUGGACAAAUUUGACCGCAUCUCAUUGCAUUCGCUGUCUUAAAGCAUUCAAGUUCUUGGUCAACAGCAAGCGUCAGUGUCUGGACUGUCAGCUGUACAUAUGCGGUUCCUGCAGCCGUUACAACAAAAAGGAUCACGGAUGGGUGUGUGAUCCUUGUCACAUGGCCAGGGUCCUCAAGAUUGGCACCUUAGAAUGGUACCACGAGAAUGUGCAGGCACGCUUUAAGCGUUUCGGCAGUGCCAAGGUUAUGCGAUCGCUCUACAAAAGACUCAGUGGAAAGCACAUGCACUCUUCUGACGAUGAUGAUGAUGCAAGCCUUCACAAAUACACCACACACAGCAACCCUGAAGUCCACACCCUUGGAUUUGAAGACAGUUGUAUGGAUGCCAGUGAUUCGCAAUGCUAUAAUCAGAUGAAAAAAAACAAAAGGCGUCUAACAGUUGACCCUAUUGAUUUUGGCCUGGAUCGCCACUAUGUUGCCCAAUCGAGGAGAUACUCUCACCAGAUUCAGAGUUCUGAUCACAUCAUAAUGAAUAGUGGCGUAAGGGAGUCUGACAUGGCUUCCAUCUUUCAUCCAUUUUUGAAAGAGCAACGCAAAGGCCUGGAUGUUGGGUCUCAACAUGGUUGGUCUCUUCAGCAAGGUGACUUUGUGUACUCGGACAAUCGAACCGUUCCAUCUCGCUGCAUGUCCCAGCUCAGCUACUCUUCUUGUGGCAGCGGGAGUGCAGGGGGUCCCCGGGGAGGUGGCAGCAGCUACUUUCUGUGUCCUGAUGAUGAUGACUCAGAUGACGACGAUGUCAUCAGCCAAGCCUACCCAGUUUACCAGUCUCAUUUGGGACCCAGUGACAAUGUUUCCCAGGAAAGCCUAAACUACCCCAACCAGCCACCACAGAUCACUGAUCUGAACAGACGAAUGUCAGUCGUCGAAAACCUUUUAAGCCGCCUGCAGGUCACUUUGACCUCUGACCCGGACAUUGAUGCUCCUCAAGUUCAAGAGGGUGCCUCUCCUCUUUUGGGGUGGGAGGAUGUUGACAUUGAAGAGCAUCAACUCAGACAAAAGCUAAUCGCAAUGGCGGGUGACAUAAGCGACCACAGCUUGAGUUCUGACGAGGAGGACUCCAACCCAUCACUCUCCUUCCAUGAAAUCUCGACAGCAACAGUGAGCAGUCGAGAAGCAGACAAAAAGUCUAAUGGAGAACAUUCCCGGCCCACUUCCUCACAAAAGACAGGCCAUUCAACUGAAAGCCUGGAGAAUAAGUGGCACAGCACAGAAGAAGGCUCAAAGUCAAGCUUCAAAGGUUCAACAGCAUUACUGUUUGAGCUGCAGGACAAAAUAGCCCAAGCCACUGCUGAUGUACAGAACACCCAAACCCAGGUGUCAUACAUUGAGAAUAAGAUUGCUGCUCUUAACCCUGGGGGCGUGCCAAUGGAGAAAGGACAAAAGUCUGGAGUCCAGCUCAGAAAGAGAAGACUUUCCCAACACUUUCCCACAAAAAUCGGCAAUGAAACUGGACCUAUGAGGAGGAGACUAAGCCUUAUGUGAGAUUCCCAGCAAAAAACAAGUCCACAAUCCCUCCAUUAAAUUUGUUUCUAUGAUACACUCAAAGUUUUUUCUAUAACUUGCAUGUUGAAUCUUAAAGACCAAAUGUGAAGUAAUUUCAUAAAAUGCCAAAUAGGGUCACAAUGAAUGUAAUUAAACAUUAUCCAACAAAUAAAGCAUGAAAAAAUAAUUUAUAUGUUGUAUAUUUGACAAAAUAAUCACGUUUCCUAAGUUCGAGCCUGAAAGGGGACGAACCUGGAAGUGAUACGUCACACCGAGAACAACGAUGGCAGCGCUCCAUACGGCCACCAUACAAAGCCCUUCAAACAAUGAUUCAAACAACAGUAUAAGCGAUAGAUCGAGCGCAAGUGAGGAGAUCCAAGUUUUUGAAGAGCUGGAGGAAGAGGAGGAGGUUGGAAUUUUAUGUUGGACCGUAUAUGUAUUAGCCAGACGCUAAUCAGGAUGCAAACAAUGUGCCCAGACUACCUGACAUGGAAUGGAGACAAGACCCAUUGAGAUUCCAAGAUUGGUAAGAUAUAGGCUGUUAUUAUUUUUAUGAUUUGAAGCAUGUCAGGUAAAUAAACCACCUACUAUUGCCUGGGAUAAAAGAAACGUUUUGACGAAUCCCCGAUAAUGUUGUGGAAUGAACAGUAGAAGCUAGCGACGUUAGCUUUUAUUUAGCUGAUAUGAAUGAAUGUUUCGGUGAACACUUCCGCUUUCGGAUCCUCUGACGAAGGCAGAAGUGUUCGCCGAAACAUGUCAGGUAAAUAACCACCUACUAUUGCCUGGGAUAAAAGAAAAGUUUUGACGAAUUUAUAAGUGUAGGCAAAAUGAACUCAAUACAACUAUGAUUGAGGAUUGCCACGAGUUAGCUUUCGGCUAACGUCGCUAGCUUUUACUGUUCAUUCCACAACACGAUCGGGGUUUUGCCUCGAGUUACCUUUCGGCUAACGUAGCUACCUUGUACUGUUCAUUCCACAACUGUUGGCAGCUCUGCUUUGACAAAGUCAUCAGUCAUCUAUCCAAAAAUCACACUUACUUUUUUACAAAUCCUUGAUCAUAAGCAGACCGAGAAAAUAUGCUUAUAAUUGUUUAGCCAUUGAUAUUAUUCAAAACAUGGUUGGCCAACCUUACUUCACACUUGGUCUUUAAAAAUAUUCUUUGAAACAGUUGUGUUUAGUAUACUACAUAAAUUCUAAUAUAUUUUUAAACCUAUACUAGAAAAUGAGAGAAAAACAAGGACAGCAGAUAUGAUUGUUUUUUAGUUUGUUUGUUUGUUUUUAUUUAACUAUUAACAAGGGUCAGUUUGAUCCAUAACACAACAGUAGGGUUCAUCUAAAACAAAUGAACCAAUAUACAAUAACAUUUACUGAUAUUUGUAUUUAUUUUUGUUUUUAAGUAUACACUGUUCGCACUUUGAUAUGAUUCCAUGCCAUUUUGAUGAAACUGAUUUUAUGUCAUGACAUGCAAUAAAUUUGCUUGUCUUAGUUAAUAAAAUUAAAAUUAGCCACUGCAUAUUUGUGGCCUAGGACCUGCGUAUUUCAGAUAUUUUUCAAUAUUUUUUGUCUUCUUGGGCAGACUGACUGGUGUGAAGUAUUACUGGCACAUUAUCCUUGUUUAUUCAAUAAUUUGGAGUAUUCAAAUGGCUGUCACUUAUCUGCUGAU